GGCGGAGGUGGGAAGCUGUUUUAGAGGAAUGUAUUUGGUCCAUCUUCGUUUUCUUUUUUAACACUUACACUAUAAGAAACUCCAUAGACAACACCAACAUAUUCAGAACUCUGUGGAUCCCUUGUGUUAUUAAGUCUAAAUUGACAGGUAGGUCAUAAAUGUAUUACUUUUGAAAUCCUGCUCCUUAAAUCAUGAACCAGAUUUGCACAGUUCUAAGGAACAUGAGUAAGUAAAAGAAAGAAAAUCUUGUACUUAACUGGAUCUAUUGAAGACAGUGGUAUCAAGCAUUUUGGGCUUGUCAAAUUAAAAGCCAAGUGAGAAAAUAAAAGAAAAUGAUAAGGUUUUUUAUAUUAAGAUGUUUGAAUCAUGAUUCUAAACUGCUGGACAAACUCAUUUGUUUACUUUUUAAGAAAAUCUGUACUAUUUAAUUGGAUCUAUUACGAAGCCUCCAACUGUAUCAAAGUGAGUCAAGAAUUUCCAAAGGAAAAGCUCAGUACAAAGAUAACAGUAAAUGAUCAGAUCUGUAGAUCUAUGGCAGCUGCUGAUGCCCAGUGAUCUCAGCAACUUCUUAGAAAGGGCAAAGGGAACAUUAAUUCACUGGUAUUUAAAUGGCACUGAUAUCAGAUGUAUCAUUGACAGAUAGUUUGUCUCUUUUCAUUGCUGUUUAUCUGUUUGUUAGCUGGAUUUCGAAAGAUGUUUCUUCGCCAGUGUAAUGUUUCCCGGCAACUCUGAUUGGACCAUUGGACCACUCAUUAUUGAUUACUUUAAAAGAAAUAAAACAUUGUGGCUCUAUUAUGGUGCAAUAAAUAUGCAUAAAAUAUAAGAACAUAGAAAAACAAAGAGCAGAGCUGUCCUGGACGUUCCAAAGCUAAACAGUUGUUGAUAUUUAGUGAACAAUUGUUUCCCCCUUUAAUUUCCUUAUUGUCUUUUUAGAGUGUUGGGUGAUUCUGGGGCAAACACUUCUGAUGCACGUUCGUUGGGAGCUAUUGGUUUUUCUGUCUCGUGUUCAGAGAAAACACUUUGUUCUGUGCAGCUGUGUAUAAAACAAAGUGUUUGCCAAGUGCAUUUGACCAAUAAUAUCACACCAACAGUGCAGACACCCUCUCUGAAGCGUAUAAAAGAACGCAGCCUGCCCACCUGUCUCCUUCAAACUCUCAUUCUCAUCCAACAGUGCAGAUCAUCUCCAACCCCUCAUCCUGCUCCUGUGACAGAGAGAGAGACGUCAACAUGAUCCUGCUCCUCCUUCUGUUCGCCCUGACCCUGGGUGCUGUGUCUCCUUCAGAUGGACCUGAGCUCCAGCUGCAGCGUAGAAACUGUCCCAUGUUCUGGUCCAGCUUCAACAACCGCUGCUACAAGUACGUGUCCACACGGAUGAACUGGGCUGAUGCAGAGCUCCACUGUUUGUCAGAGGGAGCCAACCUGGUGUCUAUCCACAGUCUGGAUGAACAUAAUUUUGUCAAAACCAUGAUCAAGAACUUUGACCAUGCUGAAUUAUUCACCUGGAUCGGACUCAGUGACCACCACAAAGAAGGCAGCUGGAUGUGGUCUGAUGGUUGUGCAGCUCAAUUUUACCUUUGGUCCACAGGAGAGCCAAACAACAAUAAAGGAAAUGAAGGCUGUGUUGAAAAUAACUCUCAGACAGAAAAGAAAUGGAAUGAUCGAAAUUGUAAUGACCAUAUUCCCUCUGUUUGUGCAUCUCGUAUAAUCUGUCCUCAGUGAUUGUUAAGUCUGAUUUAACCUGGUCACUGAUCACCUGAUGCUUGUUGACAUGAAAUAGUCCUCAGCAAUAAAGAUACAAAUGCACACUUC